UCUCGGCGAUCACAAUGGCGGACGCAGAAAAAAAGGUUCCGUCGGUCCCUGAGAGCCUUCUAAAGAGGCGAAAGGCCUACGCUGCUAUGAAGGCCCUCCGCAUCAAGAAGCUGGUGGCGGAGAAGAAGGUCCGCAAAGUGACCAGGAAACUGAUCUAUAAGAGGGCUGAGAAGUACCACAAGGAGUACAAGCAGAUGUACAGGCGUGAGAUCCGCCUGUCCAGAAUGGCUCGGAAAGUGGGGAACUACUAUGUUCCACCUGAGCCCAAACUGGCUUUUGUCAUCAGAAUCAGAGGUAUCAACGGCGUCCCCCCAAAAGUCCGCAAAGUCCUCCAGCUCCUCCGUCUGCGCCAGAUCUUUAACGGUGUGUUUGUCAAGCUGAACAAGGCUUCAAUCAACAUGCUCAGGAUUGCAGAGCCUUACAUUGCUUGGGGAUACCCCAACCUGAAGUCUGUGCGCGAGCUCAUCUACAAACGUGGCCAUGGCAAAAUCAGGAAGCAGCGUAUUGGCCUCACAGACAACGCUCUGAUUGAGAAGUCCCUCGGCAAGUAUGGCAUCAUCUGCGUUGAGGACCUCAUCCAUGAGGUCUACACAGUUGGCAAGAACUUUAAACCCGCCAACAACUUCCUUUGGCCGUUCAAACUGUCGUCUCCCCGCGGUGGCAUGAACAAGAAGACUACACACUUUGUGGAGGGAGGUGACGCUGGCAACAGGGAGGACCAGAUCAACAGAAUGAUCCGACGGAUGAACUAGAUCCACGGGUUUUCUAAGGACUCAAAAUGUACAAUAAAAUGUGGACAAAAAAC